CCCAAUUCCCCUUUGUGUUUAUAUAUUUUUAAUUCUUUUAGAGGGAAAACUGUCAACCAUAUCCAAAGUGCAGGACCAAAGAGUAAUAAUGUAUGCUUUAGUAAGGUUCUAUGGUGACGAUAUGUGCUAUGCUUUACCCGUUUCUAAUGUGAAAGAUUUUAGACCUUUGCACAAAACAGAUUUUGAUCAUCAGAAGGUGUAUCUGGUUCUCAGAAGUGAAGAGAAUGGUACAGGCCAGGCUGCCAAGGCACAGAUUCUAGCCCUCGCAGAAAACAUAGAAGAAUUUGAACAUAGUAUUAUGCAAAAGAAGAUGAAAAUUCCAAAAAUGUCUUCAAGAAACACAGGAAGCAUAAUUGAAAAUCACUUUGGGGAGGAGCGUCUGCCGCUGAGACAUAAAAAGGCCCAGGCUCAGGACAUGGGGCGUCCCAUGAGCACAAACUCCUCCAAAAGCCUGGCGGCCGUGGUGGCCCGGCUGGAGCGUAACGCAGUCAGCUCGUGCCUGGAGAGCGAGGAGGACCCGGAGGAGGACAGGCUGGCUCUGGGCGAGGAUGAGGAAGAGGAGGAGGAGGAGGAGGAGGGCGACCCGGAGGGGGACGGGGAGAGUGAGGCGGUGGUGCCGCGGGUGCUCUACGAGGAGCUGGUGCACAGCUACCGGCAGCAGGAGGAGGAGAUGCGGAGGCUGCAGCAGGAGCUGGAGCGCACGCGCAGACAGCUGGUGCAGCAGGCCAAGAAGCUGAAGGAGUACGGCAGCCUGCUCACCGAGGUCAAGGAGCUGCGCGACUUCAACCGACGCCUGCAGGACGUCCUGCUCAUCAGGCUUGGCAGCGAGCCCAUGCACGACAAUGGCACUCAGACAAUCAAAGAGGUGGUGGAGCCCAUCAUUGAGCCCCAGGAGGUGUGCCGGGAAGAGGCCAACACCAGCUCCAGCCAUUCCCCUUCCCCGCGAACGGUCUACACCUUCAACGAUGGCAAGGUGCACCUGGGCGGAGGUAUCUGGGUGGAGGAGGAGAAGUGGCACCAGCUGCAGCGCACGCAGGGUGACUCCAAGUUCACCAAGAAUCUGGCAGUCAUGAUCUGGGGCACAGAGACGCUCAAGAACCGCAGCGUCACUGGAGUAGCCACCAAGAAGAAGAAGGACGCCCUGCCCAAACCACCACUCUCUCCCAGCAAGCUCAAGAUCGUCCGAGAGUGUCUGUAUGAUCGGGUGUCGCAGGAGACAGCUGAUAGUGCAGAGAUCACACAGCGAUUAUCCAAAGUGAACAAGUACAUCUGUGAAAAGAUCAUGGACAUCAACAAGUCCAUCAAGAAUGAGGAGAGGCGGGAGUCCAAGCUGCUCAUCCGACAGACGGUCAAGAUGGAGAACUUCCCCUGCGACGGCAUGUAGGCAUCGGUGGCGUUGCCGCCAUGGUGGCGGCCUCUUUCAGCGGCCCCUCAGACUGCCACAGAGGCUGGUGGACAAGCGUCGUCCGUUCUGCCGUUUCGAGAUUCUCAUUGGUGCCCGAAAGAGGCCUUUAUCCACCCCCACCCCCCACCCUAAAACCCCCAACCCCACCCCUCCAUCCUCCUCCUCCUCCCCAUCUCUAACUAAUCUGUGCUCGCCCGACAGUGUUCCCCAGCCCGGCGCAGUCCUUAAUACACAGAGUGUGCUUGGUGUACAGUACGAGCACGAGGUUGUGCAAGGGGAACGGGGGGGUAUUUUGAUAAGCAGUAGGGAUUUGUG